AUGGGUCUCUGCUCCUCAUCCCUGGACGACGAUACACCCGCACCACUCCAUCCCACCUACCACCCCUCCCAACCCACCUCAAUCGCAUCAAACCUCCCUCCCACCUCCUCACCCCACUUCACAUCUCCCCAACCGCCUCCCCAUCUCCCCCCCGAGUGCAUCGCCCUUAUUCUCUCUCACCUCCCUCCAACCGCCAUCUGCCGCCUCGCCUCUGUCUCCAAAGCAUGGGCUGCUGCUGCUGCCUUAGACACCUGUUGGGCCCGGCUCCUCCCCCACGCCUUCGCCCCGAAGCUGCUUCUAGACCGCUCAAGCAGCUUUUCUGAUCCCCUGAAGAGACCUUCCAGCAAGAAGCUUUUCCAGGCGUUAUGCCGGGGCGUGUUCCUAGACGCAGGCAGGAUUCAGGUGAAGGAAGACCCAGGCACAGGCAUGAUCAGCACAUCCCUUUUUUCAGGCAAUGCCCCUUCCGCCCCUCCAGUGACUGGAGUGGAGAGGUUUGUGUUUGUGGUAUCAGGCCGAGUACUGCCCUAUCUCGGGCCUCGCUACAACCUCAGGAGUCCCCCUCUCCCGUCCUCGCCUCCACCCAAACCCCCCUCUCCUCCGCCCACCAACAUCAG